AUGGAGUUUCACUGCCUUAUGUAGACAUGUUAAACAUUUCACAGGUCAUGGGUCUUGUCAGUGUUACUCAACUCUUGGUUAAAGGUGAGAAGAAUCUCCACGCCUUGCGUUCAGUACUUGAUCCAUCCUAG